AUGCUCAGUCGACAAACACGGAGCAGCGUGCUUGCUCAUCGAGCCACCAUAGCCAGGUCGACUGGAUCGUCUUCAAAACUUGCUACCAUCUCGCAUGCACAGUUACCAAAGAGCCCAAGGUCAACUGUCUCGCGACAUGUCCAGCCAUGGCGCAGGUGUUGGAUUGACACUGGGAUUGGCCGCUACUUGGCCGAGAGAGGUCUGGCCACCGCGGUCAACGACUUCAGCUUCGAAGAGUUGCCCUAUAACCGUCUCAAAAACGCGAAUAUGCCCCUUUUCCACCCGCCUUCUUUCGGGUCACACGGGAUUAGAGCUCGCGACCCUGCCACGGCACCUUUGACGAUUCCUGAACCGGGACCGCCGAAGCCCGCGACCAAAAUCAACAUGUACGGCAUCCCGGGCGAUACAGAGGACAUGCUACCUGUUUUCGAUGCUUGCAUAAGGGUAGGCAAACUCGACAGAGCCGCCCUUGUGUUGAAGAGGUUCAACGCAAUGGGAGUGCUGUCAGGAGAGGAGCGAAUCCUUCUACACAAUCAAUAUCUUCGAACAUCCCUACUUCAAAUGCGCACCAGUCCCGAUCGACGACAAGCCGAGCAACUCCACAAGUGGUAUGAAUUGGAAAUACGAGGCAAGGGCCUUCCGCAGACCGCCGAGACGGUUGCCUGCAUGCUCAAAGCCUCAUUGCUUUCAGAGAGGGGUUCGAGGCUUGAUCGCCUAGUCAAUAGAUACAUGGGCAUGGCGCCCGGCCAGUCUGGCUUACGAGUUUUGAGCAUGGCCGAUAUCUUGAGCGAUCAGGAUUUGGCAAUCAUCACCGGCAUAUGCCCUACGUACAAUUUUACAACCGAGGCCGAAGAUGUUUCAGACGCAUCGGCAAUGGACGAAUUGGACAUUGAGACUCCGUCGGCGGUCAGUUCCGCUGACGAGGCCGUGGAUGUCAGUCGGAGAACUGUACCAGAAUUGGUUCCCACGCCACAGCGUGGUGAUGGCCUUGCCACGCUGAAGCAGGGCCUGCACCUGCUCAUGGAUUUGGAAGAGGUGGACAUGUCCAAAAUGUCGUACGCGGACCGUUACGAAAUUCAGUUGCAGAUAGAACGGGAUUCUAUUGGCUCUGCCAUUGUGAGAUGGCGACAGGCGAACAAAAACAUGCAAAAGAUGGGCAUCAACACCGCUCUCAGUCCCUCAUCCGCAGAGGGUUCAUUGUCGCAGCACAUGGGGCGAUGGCUUGAUGCCAUGGAAAAGAGGCUCAAGGAAGAGCUCGUCCUGAUCAGAACUUCCGAAAACAAAGCGACCAAGUCUGACCAGGAUCUCGAACGAUGCUUGUACGGGCCCUUGAUCCAGCAAGCCAAGCCCGAACGACUGGCCGCCGUCACUAUACUGUCUGUUCUGAAUCUCGCAGCCUUGCAGGGUGUGGACAAGGGAGUGGUGGUCAGCCGAAUCAUUUCAAACAUUGCCAAGCUCGUUCAAGAAGAGAUCGAGAUGCAACGAAAGCCAGGUUCGAGACGAAAGAUGAAAACAAGAACCGGAGUCACAUACAGCGGAUCCACUCUGCCGUCCCCAUCCAAGGAGUCGUCAGAUGCCCCAGCCGAUGCUACAACACCCCUUGCGGACCUCUGCAGCGUUGCGCAGGGGCUUGAAGAAACGACGCGCAAACCUUGGUCCAUGUCUAUCAAAGCUCAAGUCGGUUCCGUCUUGUUGAAGCUUCUCAUCGAAACGGCCAAGGUUAAAGUCGUGACACAACAUCCCACUACCAAGGAAACCGUCAGCCAGGUGCAACCCGCCUUCGCGCACUUGCAACAACCCCGCAAGGGCAAGAAGGUUGGCGUGCUCUAUCUCAACUCGCAACUGAUGGAGCAGCUCAAAAGGGAACCAGUCGGCGACUUCAUUGCGAAGCAUCUGCCCAUGAUAGUGGAGCCCAAACCUUGGACCCGAUUCGACGAGGGGGGCUUUCUUCACAGCAAGACAAGCCUGGUUCGUAUCAAGUCUGGCGAUGACGAGCAAAAACUUUACACGAGGGCAGCUCUAGAAUGUGGCGACUUGGAUCAAGUAUCCAAGGGUCUCGAUGCCCUGGGCAAGACAGCUUGGCAGAUCAACAAGGACGUUCUCGGUGUCAUGAUGGAAGCCUGGAACAGCGGAGAAGAGAUCGCCAACAUGCCACCUCUAAACCCGGAAUUCGAAGUUCCCAGCGAGCCGGACUCAUCUGCCGACCCCUUGCUUCGGAAACAGUGGAUUCGUGCUGUCAAGUUGAUUGAGAACGAACGAUCUGGUUUGCAUUCCCAGAGGUGUUUCAUGAACCUGCAGCUGGAGGUCGCGCGGGCCUUUAGAAAUCAGACGAUAUAUUUUCCGCACAACGUGGACUACCGGGGACGAGCUUAUCCGAUGCCGACGUAUCUGAACCACAUGGGAGCGGACCACGCUCGUGGCAUUCUCAAGUUCGCCGUGGGCAAGGAACUGGGAGAACGGGGACUCCGAUGGCUCAAGAUCCACCUGGCUAAUCUGUACGGCUUGGACAAGUCCAGCUUUGACGAACGCGAGGCCUUCAGCAAUGAACAUGUCGCCGAAAUUGUGGAAUCCGCCACCAAUCCAUUGAAUGGGAGUCGCUGGUGGCUCAAAGCGGAAGAUCCGUGGCAGUGCCUGGCUGCUUGCUUCGAGCUAAAGGCCGCCUUGGACCUUCCUGACCCCACCAAGUUCGUAUCCCAGCUACCUGUUCAUCAAGACGGUACCUGCAAUGGCCUUCAGCACUAUGCUGCCCUGGGAGGUGACACAUGGGGUGCCAAGCAGGUCAAUCUCGAGCCGGGUGAACGACCGGCCGACGUGUACUCUGCCGUGGCGGAUCUCGUGAAGCAAGCCAUGGAGGAGGAUGUCAAGAAGAACAACCAGCUGGCCAAGAUUCUCGAGGGCAAAAUCACGAGAAAGGUUGUCAAGCAAACUGUCAUGACCAACGUGUAUGGCGUCACCUUUGCCGGGGCCAAGAAGCAGGUUUGCAAGCAGCUUGAUGCUUUGUAUCCGGACCUGGGCAAGGAGUGUGGCAUCCCCCAUAUCGUGUUAUCGUCAUACAUUGCCACGCAUAUUUUCAAGGCUCUAGCAACCAUGUUCCGCGGUGCCCACGACAUUCAGUACUGGCUCGGCGAGAUUGGUGGCCGGGUAUGCCGCGCCCUCACCUCAGCCCAACUCGAGCAAGUUGCUGGCGGUUACUCAGCAGGAGGCGAAGCCGAGGGAGGCAGGCAAAGAAAACGAACCAGGAGGGCGGUGGCCACUGACAAGAAUGGUUUCGACGAGCUCACUCGACAGUUUCGGUCUUCGGUCGUCUGGACGACCCCUCUCCGCAUGCCGGUCAUUCAACCUUACCGCAAGAGCACCAUGAGGGAGAUUAGGACUUGCCUACAAGCUGUUGCUUUCCCAAUCUGCGACCAAGCAGACCCUGUCAAUCGACGGAAGCAGCUGCAAGGCUUCCCGCCAAACUUUAUCCACUCCUUGGAUGCCAGCCACAUGCUCCUGUCCGCCGUGCGUUGCCACGAGAAAGGGCUGAGUUUUGCUGCCGUCCAUGACUCUUUUUGGACGCACGCUGCCGACAUUGACACGAUGAAUUGCGUUUUGCGAGAGGCGUUUAUUCAAAUCCACGAGGAAGAUGUUGUGGGCCGUCUCGCGUCAGAGUUCAAGACACGUCACAGAGGAUCUUUGUAUCUUUCAUAUAUCGACUCCGAAUCCGCCGUGGCCAAGAAGAUCAAGGAGCUGAGGAAGAACAGCAAUCUGUCACCGAAAGAAGAGGUGUUGCUGGAACAUAAACGCAACCUCUUGCGACUCUCGGCCGACCCAUGGGACCUCGAGACUGCCAAGAAGAUUGUCACCCCCGCGUCCGUGUACGAGAAAAUGUCUGGAGAAACGGCCGAGAUUGCUGCCGACAAGGAGGGCAUCGGUCUAGGAGACAUUCCCCAGGACGAGCUCGAUGGGCAAGAGAGCGGAGAAGAACCGGAGCGAAUGCUCAUGGAUGAAGACGAGGGCGAGUUUCAUUCGGCGGCCGAGUCGACAACAUCCGAGGAUGAGCAGCAGCAGUACUUGGACGACUUGCGAACUGGCCUCUUUGAGACGCAUAUUCUGGACAAUAAGAAGAAAGUCCGUGUCCCGCCGAGAAAAGGCAACCCUGUGCCAGUUUGGCUACCUCUAACGAUCCCACCCGUUCCCUCCAAGGGUGAGUUUGACGUAACCCGUCUGAGAGACAGCAAAUACUUCUUCUCCUAA